UCAGCCAAGCACACGGUACCUACACAAACGACACGCGGACUACGUCGCUGAGAGCAGCUUCCAACGUCCGCCGAGAACUCACACUUGUCAUACUUCCACCCGCGCUCGCUUGUGUGCAACAUGCCUGCAGACAGAAUCUUGGAAAAGAGACUGGGGGAAACCCGUAAGUCCUCCAAGCCGAUCAUGGAAAAGAGACGAAGGGCUAGAAUCAACGACAGCCUGAACCAGCUCAAGACCCUCAUCUUGGACGCCCUCAAAAAAGACAGCUCCCGCCAUUCGAAGCUUGAGAAGGCCGACAUUCUGGAGAUGACCGUCAAACAUCUCCGCAGUCUCCAGAGGCAGCAGCUCACGGCCGCCGCCAACACGAACCCGGCCCUGCCCGGCCAGUACCGCGCCGGCUUCAACGAGUGUCUGAUGGAGGUGAACCGCUUCCUGGGCGCUUCUGACAGCGUGGACACCCAAGUCAGGCAGCGGCUGCUCAACCACUUGGCCGGGGCCUGCAGCCCCGCUCGUCCCGGGACGUACCCCGCCGCCCAGCCCGCAGUGUUCCCGCACGCUCAGCCUGUCCAGGUCCAGGUUCCCGUCGCGCCCACCGGCGGCCAUCACGUACAACUGUCGCCCGUGCAAGCCCCGUGUCCUCAGGCCGGCCAGACGACAAUGUACGGCGGGAUCCCCGUGGUGCCCCGCCAGGUCUCAGGAGGGGAGCCGGUGGCGGUUCUGCUGCCCAGCCAGGCGUUCCCAGGCGGCCAAGUACCCAGUCACGUCAUCCCCGUCUACGCACCCAACUCUCCUCACAACUACGGACUUGUUGCUGUGCACUCACCCACCGGAGUCAGUGUCAAAUCCGAGCCCACCUCCAACUCCGUAAACGGACUUACUACCACCGUAACGCCACAGAAGACCGCCACGUACGAGACCGCGCACAGCCCCGUCAUCAUGCAGGCCCGUGCCCCCAUCCCCCUUGAGUCCGAGAAGAUGUGGAGGCCGUGGUGAAAGUCACAAAUCAUGGACGUUUAAACUUCUGACGCUGGACGUUAUGCAGUGUAAAUGUUUUUCAAUUUGUGUGUGCACGACUUCACUGCUUACGACGCCUAUGAUUGUAAAUAAUUGUUGAAAAGAAAAAUCUAUAUUGCCUAUACAUUGAAUGUACUGAAGACAAAGAUAUUAUAUUUUGUACCCAUUUUCAGAACGAAGAUUAAACAAAUCAAAGUUUA